AUGUGUUUCCCUGGCAAGCGGCAGAAGGACACCUUCGCCGAGCCCAAACCCACACAGAUAGAUACAAAAGCUCAGGCAACUGAUCCUGAACCCACACCGUUUAUUCCCGCCCCUUCUGCUGUACCAGAACUUACCCUACAAGACUCCUCGCCGCCUAGCACCAUGCCUGCACCAAGAGUAGCCAUCGUCAUCUAUUCCCUCUAUGGGCACAUCGCUAAGCUCGCUGAAUCUGUCAAGAGCGGUAUCAGCAAUGCUGGUGGAAGCGCUACCAUAUAUCAGAUUCAGGAAACUCUCUCCGAGGAUAUCCUGAAGCUUGUCAGAGCACCACCCAGACCUGACUACCCUAUUCUCCUCCCUGAUGACAUGGUCAACUUUGACGCCUUCCUCUUCGGCGUUCCCACCCGGUAUGGUAAUUUCCCAGUACAGUGGAAGGCUUUCUGGGAUGCUACCGGCCCCCUCUGGAGCAAGAGUCUUCUAGCAGGCAAGAUGUAUGGUGUCUUCGUCUCUACAGGUACACAAGGUGGAGGACAGGAGAUAACUAUCGCUACCACCCUCUCGACGUUCGUCCACCACGGUAUGAUCUAUGUACCGCUCGGUUACAAGCACACCUUCCCACAGCUGAGUGACUUGACUGAGGUCCACGGAGGUUCUUCAUGGGGUGCUGGUACCUUCGCAGGAACGGAUGGCUCCCGCCAACCCAGCGCACUGGAGAGUGAAAUCGCUUCUAUUCAGGGCAAAUCGUUCUGGGAAAUUGUUGCUCAAUACCAUGGUCACAAGUCUUCUUGAUUGUGAUACACUUCAUUCAAUAGCUACGCCGGUUCAGAGUAAUUGUAAUAAAUUAUUUACACAUAU